UUAAACAAACAGGGCGAGAAAUUAUUUAUUGCUUUGAGAAAACAAGUCCAAACAAACAAGUUCAUCACUACCAUUUGUGUCCCACCUAAAAACUUUUCUAUUUGAUCUGUAAGAGAUUUGAUCUCUUUUGCCACGCUUACGCCAGAUAAGCGUCUUCUGUGAAGGGAUUCUCCUGCUGCUACUUCCCGACUUCCAGCUUUAGGAAAGAGAGAGAAUUACACAUCAAUCAAGUUUGUCAAGGAUGGCACACAGUGCUAAUGAGGUGUCAGGGAUGGAUGAAUUUGGUAGUUCUGGGACCAUUAUAGAGAUCAAAAUCAAAACAAUGGAUUCUCAAACAUAUACCUUGCAGGUGGAUAAACAGAUGCCUGUACCUGCCCUGAAAGAACGUAUUGCUUCUGUGACUGGUGUUGUAACGGAGCAUCAACGCCUUAUAUGUCGAGGAAAGGUUCUUAAAGAUGAUCAGUUGCUAUCUGCAUAUCAUGUGGAAGAUGGUCAUACUCUGCACAUGGUAGUUCGAGAACCAACUGCGUCAUCAUCUGGGAGCUUACCCACGGAUACAGCCGUUGAUCAAUCUUCAAGUGGUAAUCAUGGUCAAUAUUAUCAAGUUGCUCCUGGUAUUGUUGUUGAAACUUUCAAUAUGCCUGGACAAGGGGACAGAGUGCUUCCAGAUGUUAAUAGGAUUAUAUCAGCUGUUCUUGGUUCUAUAGGCAUUACGAAUCCUGAAAAUGGCUAUGUAGGAACUGGUAUCAGGGGCCCUGUUGGUGAUAGACCUAGAGAGACUCCUAUUCUUGAUGGCACUGCUGAUACAACCCUUACACCACCUGAACAAUUUGGGAUGAGAAGCUCCAAUGACGGAUCCAGACUUCAUAAUGCUUUCGGGAUCCCUGUGGGCUUAUCAUUUGGGUCCCUACAGGCCCCGGUAAUCCCUGAUUCUCUUGCGACAUUAUCACAGUAUUUAAGUCAUAUGAGACAGGAAUUUACGGACAGUGGAAGGGUUGGUGAAACUGACAGUGGGAUUUCUUGUCAUGAGAAUGAAGGUGGAUCCAGUUCCUUGCCACAAUCAGAGAAUGUGAUAGAAGGACUUCCUUCUCCGACGUCGUUGGCGAGAUUGUUGUCUGCUACCAGGCAGAUGCUCAAUGAACAAGUGGAAGAAUGUUUGCUUCAACUUGGAAGGCAGCUCGAAAAUCAGGAAAAUAUGACAGAUCCAGGGGCCAGGGUUACUGCUCAAUCAGGCGCAUUGAGAAAUGGAAUCCUUCUACAGAAUCUAGGUGCAUACUUUCUUGAGCUUGGUCGUACUGUCACAACACUGAGACUCGGCAGAUCACCUUCAGAAGCUGUAGUCAAUGCUGGCCCUGCAGUUUUUGUUUCUUCAUCUGGGCCUAAUCCACUUAUGGUUCAGCCUCUCCCAUUCCAGCCUGGAGCAAGUUUUGGUACCCCUGUUUCAGGAACCUCACAAUCUGGCUCUGGUUUGAUUAAUGGAGUCAGUACUGGUUUUGUUCCUAGACGCAUAGAUAUACAAAUACGAAGAGUAGGCUCAUCGACUUAUCAAAAUGAACCUGCUGGUAAUCAGCAAUCUUCAGGUCAAAGGAACUCUACGACUAAUAACAUUGGAGAAGCACCAAUCAACCAAUCUUCUACUGGGACCUCUGCCACCCCAUCUUCAAAUAGUGGGCCAGCUGUUCGUAUUUUACCUUUUAGGACAAUGAUGGCUGCUGCUCCUGAUUUGAAUCACUCACCUCAAGACGCUUCUGGUGGUUCUGUAGGAUUAUUAUAUCCUGUUCUCGGAAGGUAUUCACCCUCUGGGAAUUUGAGCAGUCGAGCAGGAAAUCAAGUGUCCAAUGAACAUAACUCUAGUGGCGUCCAGACACAGCCGCUUAGCAGUCUUGACUCUGCAACCUUGCAGCAAAAUAUUGAAGUUCCUGCUGGGAUUGGUAGGGCUCCAGCUUCCAUGCCUUCCAGUGCCGGAUUAAGGGAGUCAAUUUCGUCUCGCACCAUUGAUAUCAACAUUCUGUCUGCCGGAGGAAUUCAAAGCGAUCAGAAUUCUGAGGGUCAGAUUCCUCCAGGUAUUCUUCAGUUUCUGAGAGGACUCUUCCCUGGCGGUGAGUUUCAGGUAGAAAGCGUCACCUCACAGGGAGUAGGUAUGGGAUCUGUUACUGAGCAAGAAAGGACUAGCAGUGCGGGUGCACAGGAAGCAGAACCUACAGCAACUGAGGAAGGAAUAUUUUUGUCUAGGAUGCUUGAACAGAUUAUGCCUAUGAUUUCACAGAACUCUGGAACAGUGCAAAAUGUUUCUUCCUCGGGGGCAGAUGCUUCUCAUCACGGAAACGGCUCCACUUCUUCAACUGCAGCAGAGGAUCAUGAAGUUGGAACAUCACGGCGGGAAGCUGAUGAUAAUCCUGGUCCCAACCCCAAGCGCCGAAAGACGGAAUGAUCUUACUCGAGGAAGUCUUUUUAAGUCAUAAGAUGCGUAAAGAUGGAGUGGAAGGGGUCAGCCUUGUUGAGCAGUACUAGAGAGCAAGGAAUCACAUUCGAGUUCUUGAAGUGAUAAACUUCAUCAGAGGCAAGCACAAUGUUGGCUAUGCUGGUUAAAUUUUGGUUUUUGCCUUUGAACAAUUUAGGCACCCGAAGAGAGGUUCAUCUUUUUCCUAUUUUAUUUUUAUAAUUUUCUCUUAUGGCACCAUUUGUACAUGCAAUGCACAGAUUAUAUACAGAUAUACAUCUUUCACUCUCUAAAAUCUAUCUUUGAGGUAAUUCAACGCAAUUUCUACACCAUUAUCAGCUCAUGGAUCAAUGAUGGUUAAUGAUAUUUAGCUUCAUUCGGCAACUCAUUGCAAGUUUACUUUUUUUUUUUUUUUUUUUUUUUUUUUUUGUAUUUUACUCUGUUGCUAGAGGUUUACAAUUUUGUGUGGGAUCUUCAUUUAGAGGAUUUGAUCUGCUAGCAUUCAGAUGUGUUGAUGAAUUAUGUUAAUCUUUAGCAUUCUAAUAUUUAUCUUGAUUUUUUAUUGCAAUGCCACUGUAUGACUGAUUUUAUCAGUGGUGAAUUCUUAUAAUCA